GAAAUAUUAACUAAAUUUAAUAAAUUAAUCGGAAAAUGAGAUUUUAUUUUAUAUUAAUAUUUUUUACUUUAUUACAAAUUUCAAUUUCUGGAAUAAUACCAAAUCCAGAACAUCCAGCUAAGUUGACUGAACGACAUUCAAAGAAUAAUUAUAAAAUUAAUUCUGAAGAGAAAACAAAGGAAUUUUGGAUUACAAAAGGCAAAAAAUUUGUUGAAGAUCAAAGAAAAUUAAAAGAAAAUAAAAAUAUUGCUAAAAAUGUGAUUUUUUUUAUUGGAGAUGGUUUAUCACUUUCUACAAUAGCAGCAAGCCGUGUCUAUCAAUAUGGAGAAGAAAAUUCAUUAUCAUUUGAACAUUUUCCUUAUAUAGGUUUAGCAAAAACUUAUGCAAUUGAUAAAAUUGUUCCAGAUUCAGCGUCAACUUCAACUUCAUAUUUAUGUGGUGUGAAAGCAAAUUAUGGUACAUUAGGUGUUAAUGGAAAUAUUAAACGUAAAGAUUGUGAAGCCACACUACAAGAACAAUAUUAUACAACAUCUAUUGGUAAAUGGGCUUUAGAUAAAAAAAAAUCAAUUGGUCUAGUAACAACAACACGUGUUACGCAUGCAUCACCUGGUGGUCUAUAUGCACAUAUUGCUGAAAGAAAUUGGGAAAACAAUGAAGAAAUAGAGAAAAACUGUAAAAAUUAUGAAAAUUAUAAGAAAAUUAAAGAUAUUGCUGUACAAUUAAUACAUGGUGACGUCGGAUCUGAAAUGACGGUUGUAUUAGGUGGCGGGCGUAGAGAAUUUCGAGAUAAAAAAAUGAAUGAUGAAAUUGGUUUAGAAAAUGCAAGAACAGAUGGUAGAGAUUUGAUUGCAGAAUGGAAAUCAAUCGGUGAUGAAAAUAAUGAAAAUCGUACCUUUGUGUUUGAUCGUCAAGGAUUAUCAAAUGUUGAUGUAGAAAAAACUGACCGACUUUUAGGUUUAUUUAAUAGUGGGCAUAUGAAAUAUAAAAUGGAAGCCAAAGAUUAUGAGCCAUCAUUAGAAGAGAUGACAGAAACAGCUAUCAAAUUAUUACAAAAUAAAAAUGAUGAAAAUGGUUAUUUUCUAUUUGUUGAAGGCGGUUUAAUUGAUGUUGCACAUCACAGUACUUACGCCCAAAUAGCAUUUAAUGAAACAAUUGAAUUUUCUAACGCUAUUGAUAAAGCAAGGACAAUGACAAGUGAAAGUGAUACUUUGAUUGUUGUUAGCUCAGAUCAUUCCCAUACAAUGUCAAUUGCUGGUUAUCCUGAUCGUUAUAAUGAUAUAUUUGGUACUGCAGCAGAAAGUGAUCGAGAUGAUUUACCAUUCUUAACCAUAAAUUACGCAAAUGGUAAAGGAGCUGACAUCUAUAUAAAUUCUGAAAAUAAUGCAAGACAUGAUCCUACAGUAAUAAUUGAUUCUAAAAAUCCUAAAGCAUUAUUUCCAGCGACAGCACUUAGAGACAGUGAAACACAUGGUGGCGAAGAUGUUGCUGUAUUUGCAUCUGGUCCAUGGGCACAUCUUUUUACAGGAGUCUAUGAACAAAAUGUUCUACCUCAUUUAAUGGCAUAUGCUUCUUGUAUUGGUGACGGAUUAAAACAUUGUGCUAACAAUUAAUUUGCAUAUAGUUAUUUUUUUGAAUUAAUUGUAGGUUUUAAUCGUAAUAAACUAUUUAACAACACAAGUAAA